AACCGCAUGUGCGCAAAGCGCCACAGAAUAUAGCUGUACGCUGGCGACAGUAGAUGGAGACAGGCUCAACAUCCGUCACAGCAGCGGAGUGACUGACACUCGAUGCUCUCCUGUGCUCGAAGGACAUGGGUUGCGCGCUAAUCGGCGGCUGCUCGGGGGCAUAUACCACGCAGCGCGUACUUAGCCAAAGCCACCCGCGCGCCUCGGUCGACAUAGCAAACCGUUGGCGCGGUGAGACUCGGUCCAUGUACCAACAAGACUUGCGUAGGAGAGAAUGGUUACACCAUCCAGCUUGCACGCGUCUUUGCCUCAUUGCGCUGUUCCAUCUUGGGAUCGCGGCUGUUCACUUCAAGUCGCGCCACCGCGCUUAGCCAUCUGUCCAAAUCAUAGGGCCCGCCUUGGCGAGCAGCGGCGA